AUGCUGUCCGUCCAGAACCCCGCCACGCCUCCCCACCUCAAGGCCGAGUCGGCGCUCAACGCCUCGGCCUCGGCUUCGGCCUCGACCUCUACCUCGACUCCCGUCGAGCUCGAGCAGUGGCACCAGGACCUGCUGCGCGAUGGAUACGCCGUCGUCAAGGGCGCCAUCCCCAAGGAGCGGGCGCUCGAGUACGCGUCGCGCAUGCACGGCUGGCUCGAGGGCUUCAACCUGGGCUACGACCGCAACGACGCUUCGACGAUCCACAAGGACAAGCUGCCGCUCAUCUCGGAAAAGGGCAUGUGCAUGCACUACGGCGUCGCCCACGAGGACUGGGUGUGGAAGAUUCGCUCCGAGCCGGGCGUCGUCGGUGCGUUUGAGACGUUCCUCGACGACAAGGACCUCAUUGUCAGCUUUGACGCCGUCAACUUUGGAUUCCCGAACCGCAAGGACCUGCCGCCCAACAAGCCGUGGCCCCACCAGGACCAGGACCCGACUAAGCAAGGGUUCCGCUGCCUCCAGGGCCUGGUCAACCUGCUGCCCAACGGUCCCAAGGACGGCGGCCUGAUCGUGUGCAAGGGUUCGCACAACCUUUCCACGCAGUUCCACGACGAGAUGGCGUGGGAGGAAAAGAUUCCGGCGUGGACCAACGAGUGGUACGGCUUCACGGAAAAGGGCAUGGCGUGGCUCGAGGAGCACGGGUGCGAGUGGAUCAAGGUGUGCGCCGAGCCGGGCGACCUGCUGCUGUGGGACAGCCGCACGGCGCACUACAACCUGAGCAGCGAGACCGACCAGCCGCGCUUCUGCGUCUACACGUGCUACAUGCCCGUCAAGGAUGCCAGCCAGGCCGACCUGAUGCGCAAGCGCGACGCAUUCGAGCGCCGGGUGGGGACGACGCACUGGCCCAACGCGCGCCACACGGGCUCCAACGUGGCCAAGCGCGAUGGGCAAGAUGACCCGCACAACCGCGACCGCCCCGUCGAGGAGCCGCAGCUGGAUGAGCGCGCAUUCAAGCUGACGGGCAUCCCCUACAUCAAGGCCGACGAGGAGCAGCAGCAGCAGCAGCAGCAGCAGCAGCAGCAGCAGCAGUAG